AUGGGUAACACAAUGAGUUGUUUUGAUCGCUGGGGUAAGAGAGCUCCUGACGGGCCUUUAUUCGCGGUUAAGAAAUCCGGUGGGGAGAGCGGGAAGAGUCCUUCCGCAUUCAAUGUCGGAUUGGGUUCUGCAUCUACGACAGCAAGCGCAGGGAGCAGCAGUGCAUCUGCUGCGAAGUCUAAGGCUGCUGCUCCCGCGGAGCGCUCGACCCGCAGGCGGCAAACGUACAGCAGCAACGCUCCUAAGAGUGCAGAUACGGAAGUUAGUAGUUACGAUGAAGCAGAUGACUUUGACGAAUCUGAGGAAGAGGAAGAGCUUACCACAAGCGACGUACGGCAGAAGAAGCUUCUCACAUACCGUAGGAAUCUAACAAAAAUCGUAAAGCUGAAGACUCACCUCUUUAGUGCCACCGUGAAGGUCACCUGCAGCAGGGAUGGCAAGGAUAUUGAGUGGUACAAAGGCCAUAGCGCCGAGGGAGGGCGGAACAAGCCUGUGGGCUCUAUGCCCGUAGAUAAGAUUACAUCUGUUAAAUCGCAAGCAGACAACCCGAAGGGACUGACCAUCAGUGUCAACAAUCCUUCACCGACAACCUUUUCAUUCACCUUUAAGACGAAGGAGGAACGGGUGUCUUGGCAGGAGCAGGUGGAAUCCUUCCAAAAAUUCAUGGCUAUGAGGUAG